AUCUGACCCGGCACAUCUGCUGCUGAACACAUCCAGCUGAGGCGCGCAGAGACAUCGCAGCAUCUGAAGGAGCUCUCGAGCAGGAAGUGGAUCAAACUGUGUCAGGACGGCUCAGCGGACAAAUAAUCCUACGACGCUCUCCUCAGCAACCAUGUCAAACGAACGCACCCCUCUGAUCAACACAGGGGUGUGUGGUCUGAGUGUGACCUCAGUGGCAUGUGGCGCUGUGUCAGAUGGCAGCCCCGAAUCCAAUGCUGGGUCACCAAGUAAAGACCCUCGAAAACUGAACACAUUUUUCGGAGUGAUGGUGCCGACCAUCCUCUCCAUGUUCAGCAUUGUGCUGUUUCUGAGAACUGGCUUUGUGGUUGGUCACGCGGGGCUGAUACAGGGUCUUUCAAUGGUAAUUGUAGCCUACACCAUCAUUUCUCUUACAAUACUGUCCAUCUGUGCCAUCUCCACCAACGGUGCCAUACAAGGCGGUGGAGCCUACUACAUGAUCAGUCGUUCACUGGGCCCAGAGUUUGGAGGAAGCAUCGGUUUGAUGUUCUUCUUAGCCAAAGUGUGUGCGUGUGGAGAGUACGUUCUUGGUCUUGUGGAGGCCAUACUUGAUGUAUUUGGUUCAGAUCCCGAGUCAUCUGUGUCUGAGGGGGUGCGGGUGCUUCCUCAGGGUUACUGGUACACAGUGCUGUACUCUGCGGUAGUCUUGCUGCUGUGUCUGCUUGUUUGUCUGGUGGGUGCUCAUAUCUACUCCCGCACUGCCUUCAUCAUCUUGCUGGUGGUCACUGUAUCACUGCUGUCCAUCUUCAUCAGUUCUGUGGCAGUCAAACCUCAGAACUAUGUGAUCACCCAUCCGGGUCCUGGCAAUCAGACCCUCCGCUACAAUGCCAGCUACACGGGCUUCAGUGCUACCACACUGAGGAACAACCUGGGCUCUGGUUACUCUUUGGACUACAGCACCAACUCUGUCAUGUCUUUUGCCACCGUGUUUGCCGUCAUGUUCACCAGCUGCACUGGAAUCAUGGCCGGAGCCAACAUGUCAGGGGAGCUGAAGACUCCAAGUGUCUCUAUCCCUAAAGGCACCAUCAUAGCUGUCUUAUACACAUUCAUAGUCUACGUCCUCCUCUUCCUCUUGGUCAGCGCCACGUGUGACAGGACCCUGUUGAUUCAGGAUUAUGGGUUUUUACAGCGAAUAAACAUCUGGCCUCCGUUUGUCACCAUCGGGAUAUACUGCGCUUCUCUGUCAGCUGCAAUGUGCUCUAUGAUCGGAGCGUCCCGUAUCCUGCAUGCUCUUGCUCUGGAUCAACUCUUUGGUUUGCCGUUAGCUCCAGCUGCUAUCACAUCAAGCUCAGGGAAUCCAUGGGUGGCAGUGCUUUACACCUGGGGUCUGGCGCAGUGUGUGGUGUUUGCAGGCCAGCUCAAUGCUAUAGCAAGUUUGGUGACAGUUUUCUACUUGCUUGCCUACGCUGCGGUCGACUUGGCCUGUUUGGCUCUUGAAUGGGCAUCAGCACCAAAUUUCAGACCGACCUUCCAGCUCUUCUCCUGGCACACUUGCCUGCUGGGGAUUCUGAGCUGUUUAGUGAUGAUGUUCGUCAUUAACCCCGUGUACUCCUCCGGCAGCAUCGUCCUGCUGUUACUGUUGCUGCUUUUCCUUCACUACAGAUCACCCACCAGCAGCUGGGGCUACAUCAGCCAGGCUCUCAUCUUCCAUCAGGUUCGCAAAUAUCUGUUGAUGCUUGAUGUGAGGAAAGACCACGUGAAGUUCUGGAGGCCUCAGGUGUUGUUAAUGGUGGCCAAUCCUCGUUCUUCCUGUCAGCUCAUUCUGUUUGUCAACCAGCUGAAGAAAGGAGGGUUGUAUGUGUUGGGCCACGUGCAGCUGGGAGAUCUGGAUUCCCUGCCGUCAGACCCGGUCCAACAGCAGUACAACUUCUGGUUGAGCUUAGUUGAUAAACUCGGGGUGAAGGCUUUUGUAGACCUGACGUUGUCUCCUUCUGUCAGACAGGGAACACAGCAUCUGCUGCGAAUCACAGGCCUGGGUGGUAUGAAGCCAAACAUGCUGAUCUUGGGUUUCUAUGACAGCAGCACUCCUGAAGACUUCUUCUUACAAGAUAGUGCGUUCUGUGAUUCAUCAAUAGGACAAGGCAGUGAAGGCGAAUAUAAUUUUGGGAUUGACCUGCCUUCUUUACAGGCUCAUUUCCCCCCAGUCCGACACAUUGAGAGCCCACGCUGGCUAUCACCAGAGGAGUAUGUUGGGAUAAUUGCUGAUGCCAUUAAAAUGAACAAGAACGUGUGCCUCGGCCGAUAUUUCUUCCAGUUGGAAGGAGAGGGUAAAGAUAGCAAGGUUGAUGGGUCAGAGCGGACUAUAGAUGUGUGGCCUCUCAACCUGCUUCAGCCAGGCAGCCGAGAUUAUGAGGAUGUGUGCAGCCUCUUUUUGCUGCAGAUGGCCUGUGUGCUUAACAUGUCCAACAAAUGGCGCCAUGCAAGAAUGAGAAUCUUCCUGAAUGUGGAGACCGAGUCCAACGACCAGGGCUGGGGGGAAGAGACUUUUCUAGAGUUGCUGAAGAAGCUGAGAAUCAGGGCAUCCAUAACGAUUGUGCCGUGGGACUCUGUGGUACAGCACCACACUCAGCCUGAGGGUGGGCCCCCUGCAGAACCCAACCAAGCUCUGUCCGAUGGCUUUUUAUCGGCAGUGAACUGUUUGUUGAUGGAGCACAGCUCCCAAGCUGCUGUUCGCUUCCUGUAUUUACCUCGACCUCCUGCUCAUCACAGCCAGGCACAGCAGUACUUAACACAGCUGGAAGUGGUGACCAAUCGUUUAGGUCCAACGCUGCUGAUUCAUGGUGUCACCCCAGUGACAUACACUGAUCUCUGAGCAUGUGCACUCUUAAGUUUUGUCUGUUACAUCAUCUGUUAUUGUACAUGGAUAACUUCUUAAGCUUACUUAAGUCUGCAUAAGUAUAAAUUCUGGUUAUACAAAAUAAACACAUAGUGUAAUAAAAAGUGAAUGCUAAGAUACAAUACAGUAUGUAGCACCAGUCACUCAAAACUAUACUUCAAACUCAUACAGCUUUUUGUAAUUUGUUGGUUGUUUUACUGGAGCUUAAAAAAGGACCACAGUUGAAUGCUUUUUAAAAACACACUUGAGGUAUUUGCAUUCAAAUAGGAUAUUUUCCUAUUUUCAUAUACUUGAACUGGCUUGGUGAUAGAGCCAAUGAAUGGGAGAAUAACUGACGUUUGUGCAUAUAAUUCAUGUUGAUAUGUCCCCUAGUCUGCAGUGGCUUGAGGCCUGUCUUGAGAAAGAAAUGUGUCA